AUGCUUCAAUCACGAUUGCCUAAACCAACCGAGAGAAGAAGCAUAGAAGUUGUUUCGAGAAAGUUUAAAGAUCUCAUGCAGAUUGGAAAUGUGAACGGAGCAAUCAAAUUAUUAACAAAUAACAUGGCAGGUGGCAUUCUUCCUUUAAAUGACAAAACAUUCAAUUUAUUACGAGUUAAACAUCCACCAGGCGAACAAGCGAAGGAAGACGUUAUAUUGCAAGGACCGUUAUCAAUGGUUAAUCCGAUUGUAUAUGACGUCAUUGAUGACAUGUACGUAUUGAAAGCUGCUCAAGUAACAAAAGGAGGCUCCGGGCCUUCUGGGAUGGACGCAGAUGGAUGGAGAAAGCCUUUAACUUCAAAGGUUUUUGGUGAAUGCGGUUUGGAUUUAAGAAGAGCUAUAGCCAACGUUAUAAAGAAGUUAUGUAUAGAAAAUGUUCAAGAUCAAUCGCUUGAAGCAUUUACUGCUUGCAGACUCGUACCUCUAGACAAAAAACCUGGAGUAAGACCAAUUGGUGUUGGAGAAGUCUUGCGAAGAAUAUGUGGCAAGGUAGUGAUGGCAGUUCUUCAGAAAGACGUCCUUAAAUCAAGUGCGGAAAUUCAGAUGUGCUCGGGUCAGAAGUCUGGCAGUGAAGCGGCAAUCCACGCGAUGAGGGAGGUAUUUGACAGUAAAGAAACAGACGCUGUUUUACUUGUUGAUGCAGCAAAUGCCUUCAAUAGUAUCAACAGAGAAGCACUCCUGCACAACGUCAAGAUUGUUUGCCCGACUAUUGCAUGUUAUGUCAUCAAUUGCUAUAGAUUUCAUGCGAGGCUUUUCAUCAUUGGAGGUAAAGAAAUAAGAUCCGAGGAGGGUACUACGCAGGGUGAUCCGCUAGGGAUGGCAAUAUACGCAAUUGGUCUAACACCCCUACUUAAUCUGAUGGCUGACGGAAUAUUUGAAACUACUGUUGCUGCUUUCGCUGAUGACGUUAGUGCAGGUGGAAAAUGUAGAAACUUGAAAGUUUGGUGGGAUAGAUUGAUGCAAAUUGGACCAUUGUUCGGUUACAAUCCACAACCUCACAAAUCUUGCAUAAUUGUAAAACCAGGACACGAACAACUGGCGAAAGCGACUUUUGAGGGCACGAAUAUCCAGAUAUGUACUGAUGGUGAAAGACAUCUUGGCGCCUCGAUCGGAAGUGACAGCUUCAGGAAGGAGUACUGUGAAAAAAUGGUAACGAACUGGGUAAAGGAGAUAUCUUUACUUUCAGAUAUUGCGCCAUCACAGCCACAAGCUGCUUAUGCCUGUUAUACAAGUGGUAAUCAACACAAAUUUUCAUUCUUCCUCAGAACAAUACCUGGGAUUGAGAAGUAUCUGAAUCCACUUGAAGAAAUUAUACGACAUCGAUUGCUACCUGCUAUUACUGGUGGACACAUUGUGAACGAUGAUGAACGCACACUCCUGUCUUUGCCUCCUCGACUUGGUGGUUUGGGAAUUAUCAAUCCCAUUGAACGAGCGCCCACAGAGCUACGAAACUCAGAAAGCAUAACUGCUUCUUUGAAGAACGUAAUUCUUCGUAAAAAUGUUGUUGAUGAAGAAAUAGUAUCAUUGACGGCAGUGAAAAACAACCGGAGACAACAGAAUCUGGAAAAGUUGAAAAAUCUACAAUUACGUAUGACACCUGAAGCUGCACGAUAUAUGAAGAGUGGUGUAUCAAAUUGGCUUACAACUUUACCAAUUAAAGAGCUGAACUAUGAUCUGAACAAGGAGCAGUUUUUUGACGACCUACGUUUGCGAUACGAUUGGACAAUCCCGAAACUUCCAUCAGAAUGCGUGUGUGGAAGCAAAUUUAAUGUUAGACACAUGCGUUAUCAUGCAAGAAAGGUGGCUACGUCUCUUUACGACACAAUGAGAUACGAGAUAUUACAGGUAAAUUACUGGAGGAACGGUGAAAGAAUCCAUCAAAACGGUAUUUUAUCACAGGAAGCACGAUUAGACGUCAGCGCAGUCGGUUUUUGGACCCCUGGUCAACGAGUAUUUUUAGAUGUACGGGUCUUUGACCUCAACGCUCUGAGAUACAAGGGUCUUUCUCUUGACAAAUGCUUCAAGAAAAACGAAGAAGAGAAGAAGAGAGGAUACAACGAAAGAGUUAUGCAAUCUCCUGCGAUCAACACUACUUUGCCUGAGAGGUUGCAGAUCCUUCGCUCGGGACCACCAGCUGACAGAUAUGGACCUCGGAAAUGUUGUAUCACUCAUUCGAUCCUGAAUAAUCAAAUUAUAUUUUUUGGGGUACCUGCUGAGACGCAUUUAUCUCUAAUAACCCUGUUUGAAGACAACGUGAUUUUGUUAUUUAGAAGUAACUAUGAAUGA